AUGGCGCACAGCAACCGAACGCCGAGGCUGGCGACCUCGCUUUCCUCCCACUCCGACGACGGUAAUUCCCCGGCGGCGGCGACCCGGCCUUUCGUUGCCUUCGGCCGCCGCACCUCCUCCGGCCGCUACGUCAGCUACUACCAGGAGCAGAUGGACUCCGAACCAGAGAGCGGGGAAUACGCCAGGUACCGGGUGGACAUCCCGCCGACGCCGGACAACCAGCCGAUGGCCGGCGAGGUCCCCGUUGACCCCACCAUCUCCGUCCGCGUGGAGGAGCAGUACGUGUCGAACUCCAUCUUCUCCGGCGGCUUCAACAGUCACACCCGCGCCCACCUGAUGGAGAAGGUGAUCGACUCCGAGACGAGCCAUCCGCAGAUGGCCGGAGCCAGGGGGUCCGUCUGUGCCACCGUCGGCUGCGACGGCAAGGUCAUGAGGGACGAGCGCGGCGUCGACAUCGUCCCCUGCGAGUGCGGCCACAAGAUAUGCGCCGAAUGCUACGACGACGCCGCUCGACAGGACGACGGCGGGAUAUGCCCUGGCUGCAAGGAGCCCUACCGGAGCACCGACGCCGGCGAGAUGGAGAGCGGUGGCGGUGGCGGGCAGACGCUGCCGCUCCCUCCACCGCCGGGGAGGGCGUCGAAGAUGGCCCCCCGGCUGUCCAUGGUGAGGUCGACAAACCUUACCAGGAGCCAGACGGGGGACUUCGACCACAAUCGCUGGCUGUUCGAGACCAAGGGAACCUACGGCUAUGGUAACGCCUUCUGGCCGACGGAGAACGGCGGCGGUGGCGAUGGCGGCGAUGGCGGCGACGGCGCCCAUCACUCUGAACUUAUGAAAAAACCAUGGCGACCUCUGACCCGCAAGCUGAAGAUCUCCGCAGCCAUCCUCAGCCCUUACCGGUAAACCCAAUGCACGCCGAUAUUCCUCCUCAUUUCUUCCCUCUAUUCCCUGCCGCCAAUCAUCUCUCUAGUUGACUCUCUCUCUCUCUCUCUCUCUCUCUCUCUCUCUUCUCUCUCUGGCGGCGUGCAGGCUUCUGAUAUUCGCACGGAUGGUCGUCCUGGGGCUGUUCCUGGCAUGGCGGAUCAAGCACGUCAACGAGGACGCAGUCUGGCUGUGGGGGAUGUCGGUGGUCUGCGAGAUCUGGUUCGCCUUUUCGUGGCUGCUCGACCAGCUCCCCAAGCUCUGCCCGGUGAAUCGCGCUGCCGACCUCACUGUGCUCAAGGAUAAGUUCGAGAAAUCCUCCUCCGGAAGAUCCGACCUCCCCGGGUUAGACAUCUUCGUCUCCACGGCCGACCCAGAGAAGGAGCCCCCCCUGGUCACCGCCAACACCAUCCUCUCCAUACUCGCCGCCGACUAUCCCGUGGAGAAGCUCUCCUGCUACGUCUCCGAUGACGGCGGCGCUCUCCUGACCUUCGAGGCGAUGGCGGAGGCGGCGAGCUUCGCCAACAUCUGGGUCCCCUUCUGCCGUAAGCACACCAUCGAGCCCAGGAACCCGGAGAGCUACUUCAACCUGAAGAGGGACCCCUACAAGAACAAGGUCCGGCCGGACUUCGUCAGGGACCGGCGGAGGGUGAAGAGGGAAUACGACGAGUUCAAGGUGAGGAUAAACGGCCUCCCCGACGCGAUCCGCCGUCGAUCGGACGCCUUCAACGCCCGUGAGGAGAUGAAGGCCAUGAAGCGGCAGAGGGAGCUCGCCGACGGCGAGCCCGUCGAAAGCGUGAAGCUUCCAAAGGCCAUCUGGAUGGCCGACGGCACGCACUGGCCCGGCACCUGGACGAGCCCCUCCACCGAUCAUUCCAGAGGAGACCACGCCGGCAUCAUCCAAGUCAUGCUGAAGCCGCCCAGCGACGACCCCCUCCCCGGCGGCGCCGGCGCCGGCGCCGGCGAGGAGGAGGGGAGCCCGUUCGACCUGACGGAGGUGGACAUCCGGCUGCCGAUGCUGGUCUACAUCUCCCGCGAGAAGCGCACCGGGUACGACCACAACAAGAAGGCCGGCGCCAUGAACGCCCUGGUCCGAGCUUCCGCCGUCAUGUCCAACGGGCCAUUCAUCCUCAACCUCGACUGCGACCACUACGUCUACAACUCCAAGGCCCUCCGUGAGGGGAUGUGCUACAUGAUGGACCGUGGCGGGGAGCGCCUCUGCUACGUCCAGUUCCCGCAGAGGUUCGAAGGGAUCGACCCCUCCGACCGCUACGCCAACCACAACACCGUCUUCUUCGACGUCAACAUGCGCGCCCUCGACGGCCUCCAAGGCCCUGUCUACGUCGGCACCGGCUGCCUCUUCCGCCGUGUUGCCCUCUACGGCUUCGACCCGCCCCGCGCCGCCAAGCACUCCGCCGGCUUCUGCGACUGCUGCUUCCCCCGCCCGCGCAGGCCCGCCGUCGCCGCCGAGGAGACCCAGGCCCUCCGCCGCGUGGAAGAAGACGACUGGGACCUCUCCUCUUUCCCCAAGAGGUUCGGCAACUCUAGCGUGCUCAUCGACUCCAUCCCCAUCGCCGCCUACCAGGGCCGCCCGCUCGCCGACCACCCCUCGGUGAAGCACGGCCGCGAGCCGGGGGCGCUGCUGGUGCCCCGCGGCCGGCUCGACUCCGCCGUGGUGGCAGAGGCCAUCAGCGUCAUCUCCUGCUGGUACGAGGAGAAGACAGAGUGGGGGCAGCGCGUGGGCUGGAUUUACGGCUCCGUCACAGAGGACGUGGUCACCGGCUACCGCAUGCACAACCGCGGGUGGAAGUCCGUGUACUGCGUGACCAAGCCUGACGCCUUCCGGGGGACGGCGCCGAUCAACCUCACCGACAGGCUGCACCAGGUGCUCCGGUGGGCGACGGGAUCGGUGGAGAUCUUUUUCUCGAGGAACAACGCGCUCUUCGCCUCCGGGAGGAUGAAGCUGCUCCAGAGGAUGGCGUACCUCAACGUGGGGAUCUACCCCUUCACCUCCAUCUUCCUCAUCGUCUACUGCUUCCUCCCGGCGCUGUCCCUCUUCUCCGGGCAGUUCAUCGUGCAGAGUCUCAACGUCACCUUCCUGGUGUACCUGCUGGCCAUCACCCUGUCGCUCUGCCUGCUGGCGGUGCUGGAGAUCCGCUGGUCGGGGAUCGACCUCGAGGAGUGGUGGCGCAACGAGCAGUUCUGGCUUAUCGGUGGCACCAGCGCCCACCUCGCCGCCGUCCUGCAGGGGCUGCUCAAGGUCAUCGCCGGCGUGGAGAUAUCCUUCACCCUCACCUCCAAGUCCGGCGGCGACGACGCCGACGACGAGUUCGCCGACCUCUACGCCGUCAAGUGGACCUCCCUCAUGAUCCCCCCACUGACCAUCAUCAUGGUCAACCUCAUCGCCAUCGCCGUGGGCCUCAGCCGGACCAUCUACAGCGUGCUGCCGCAGUGGAGCCGCCUCAUCGGCGGCGUCUUCUUCAGCCUCUGGGUCCUCCUCCACCUCUACCCCUUCGCCAAGGGCCUGAUGGGCCGCCGGGGGAGGACCCCCACCAUCGUCUUCGUCUGGUCAGGGCUCAUCGCCAUUACCAUCUCCCUCCUCUGGGUCGCUAUCAGCCCUCCGUCAAGCAACUCGCAGAUCGGCGGCUCCUUCACCUUCCCCUGA